AUUGCCCCGUCUCUUCCCCCUCAUUUCCAUGUAGAAAAAUGGCGGAGCGGAGCUGCGGAGGCUGCAUCGGCUGAGCUGCUUCAAACACUAUUCACGGGCACUCAGUCGCCGCGGACGGGGGCCACCGUGUCGCGAGGGCACUGCCGCAGGAGCGGGGCGAGGUUCAUCUCCGAUCCGGCGGAGGUUUUCAUUUAUUGUUUUCCCUCGAAGGGGAGGCGCUGGAGCCGAGUGAGCAGCCACGAAAACAAGUCAUGAACGGGGAUAUUGUUUGCAAUUCACUUACUGUCUUAAGCCACACCAAGUCAACAUCACCAGGUCAGGAUGAAAAGAGGAUCAAGCUGACACAGGAAGGGAGAUGCCCUCCAAUAAUCUCACAGCAAAAUGAAGCUCAGUGGCAGGGAGAGGGCCGGAGAACAAAUACCAUCGCUACACCAAAAGACGCAAAGAGCCAGUGUUCGCCCUUCUGGACAGAUGAACAACCAUCACCUCCGCAGCUCUACUGCCCUCAGACCUGCUUUCGUUCCCCCACCGAAACCUCCCUGCCUCUCGGCAACAGCCUAUGCCACACUCUCCUCCUCACUGGCAAUGGCAGUGCACUCCGCGGUCACAAGAGGAGAGAUGUCCGCCCCAAGGUCGGGGGAAAGAAACCACCUCGACGAAUUGCAGCUGGGAAAAACUCCCAAAACCGAAAAGUUACCGACUACUAUCCUAUAAGACGAAGCUCGAGAAAAAGUAAAAUCGCUUUAAAGUGUGAACAGAAGCAGCUCAUAGACGAUCUCAUCACAAAUGGAAUAGAGGAAGGACUGGAGGUGCAACAUAUAGAAGGAAAGGGGAGAGCAGUGUUUGCCACUCGGUGUUUCGAGAAAGGCGAGUACGUGGUAGAGUACCACGGAGACCUGCUGCAGAUCACCGAUGCCAAGAAGAGGGAGGCCGAAUACGCUCAGAACCCUGCCACUGGCUGCUACAUGUACUACUUCCAGUACCUCUGCAAAACAUACUGUGUAGAUGCCACGAAAGAGUCUGGUCGAAUGGGUAGGUUGAUAAAUCACAGUAAAAAUGGAAACUGCCAAACCAAACUCCACGACAUCAACGGCGUCCCUCACCUCAUCCUCGUCGCCUCCCGAGACGUCGACGAAGGCGAGGAGCUGCUCUAUGACUAUGGAGACCGCAGUAAAGCCUCUAUCGCAGCUCACCCAUGGCUCAAGUACUGAUUUGAGGGGCCUCCAAAAAAAAAGGGAAACACACAGUAACACUUGUGUUUCUCAUUUGCUAGUGUACAAAUUGCCUUAGAAACAGAAUGUGUACCCUUUUUGUUCCAAUACCAAGGAAGCUGGUUGGGUUGAGUAGCUGUUAAUGGGGCUUGAGGGUUGAUCGGGUACUUAUCAUGUUUCGAUUGGUCCAUCUGCCUUGUCAGAUGACGUGUAGUUUUAUUUAUAUGUGUAUAUGAGGCAUUCUAGUUGUUUUGCAGCACAUUUAUUUUGUACAUUUUUGUAUUUCCUAUAGACCAAUGCUUCUACAGCAUGCAGGUGGUAGUUGAUGCUCUGCAUUUUUAUACUGCUUUUUCUUAAUUAGUGGUUAGAUACUUAGCAAUACUUCUAUUUAUGGCCCCAGAACUCCUUUGAAUCAGUGAGAAUUAUGGGAUGCAAAUGACAAAGCCUUUUUAAAGACAUAUUCUGUGGAAUUUUAAUUUCAGCCAUUAAAAUCACACAACCUUCCAUUGUUUAGAGGGAGUGUAAUAGUUCACCACACCCAUGGUUCUGGAGGAAUUGUGGCGACUGAGUACAAAAAACAGUUGAUUCAAGUAUUAUACUUUAAAGUGGGAAAUAACAGUGUUCAACAAACAGACUUUCCUCCUGUUUUCAUGCCCUUUUUUAUUCUUUAGCACAAAUAAUCUUAAUAUUUUAGGUGCAUAUUGGAAUUAAGUGUUCAAAUAUCCAGGGGAGUGCAGACAGUUUUAUAUUUGUUUCCUUAAAGGCAAAUAUAUGAAAGUUUAUCUAUGAAUUAAUGAUUAUUGAUCAUUAACCCGGUAAUAUGAUUAUGUAGUCAGUGUUUUCAGAAAUGAGGUCUCCUUUUUAAUUUCUCUUGCAUAGGAAUUCUUUACCUGGUGACAUUCUCUAUAUUACUGCGCUGUGUAAAUAUAUUUAUUGGCUUGCUGUUGCAAAGUCAGGGGCGAUUUCAAGAAAAUGUUUGACCUUUUGGGAAAUUAGUUUGAGUUAAAUUUGAAGUUCAUUUUCUGGUAAUCUUUUUUUAACCUAAAAUUCCCUUUAUGACUGUGAUGCUGGGAAGGCAUUUAGCUUGUCACAAUAAUCUGUUAUGUUCUGUGGCUGAAUUAGUUGAGACGAAGGUAAAGAGGAACAGCGAAGCUUUCAGUCAUAUUUGAUGUUCACAAAACCACUGACCAACAAAAUAUAUGCAAACUAUAGAAAGUUUUAUCACUGAGCUAUGACCCAAACAAUUUUUUAAAGGAAAACUAUAAUCAGUGCUUACUUUAUUAGGUACAUCAGUGAUCUCUAAUACACCAGCUCAUCCAUAAUUUCUUCCUUUACAAAGGUCUUUGUGUUAAUAUAACUAUCUUUAUUAUUGAGGUUGCAGUUUUAGAGCAGUCUUGAGACUCCAUUAUAUUGAGAAAGUUGUGUUCCCCUCAUUUACAAACAAGAGGAUAGAAGAACAUUAAAAAACAUUGCAGUCCAGUUAAACACCACUGCAAACUACAACCUUUAUAAUGAAUAAAUAGUGUCUAGUAUAACGCUAUUAUCUAAAUGUAGAAUUUAUGGCUGAUGAGUUUUAUGAACCAUCUGUUUUAUGUUGGAGGUGUACCUAAUAAUGGAGGAACCAGGGAGUGUAGUUUCAGCUUAGUGGUAUUGAGCUAAAGUCACUUUUGUCACUGCAUGUUAUUAUAAUGAGCACAGGGGCAGCAGAUUCAUUGGAAUAUAGUUUAACUUUUUGUGUCGAGGGAAACUUGGCCCACAAAUAAAAGCAUCAAAUCUGAGUCCUCGGACCGCUUCCAGCCUUUCUGCUAAGCUAAGCUAACUGUAGCUUCAUAUUUAGCAAGAGUGCUAUCAGUGUUUUAAUUUAACUCUCUGCAAGAAAGCAAAGAAACCUGUUUCCCAAAAUGUCGAAUUAUUCAUUUAAAAGCGAACAGGCUAAAGUAUCUGCAGGGAAAACACAUGAAUUUAAUGCUCACUCAACAUGCAGACAUGGGUCUGAUGGACUGGUGCACUCCCUCUAUAUAACAUAGAAUUUCUACACAUCGGGGGGGGUUUUCGAACCCACAAAGCUGUCAUCUUCUUCACAACCCGAUAUUCAAUGUGAAAAGUAAUUAUUUAUAAUUUCGUUUAUUUAAUAGCUGAACUGCCAACAGGUCAUUUUUGUUUUACUUGACAUUUUAUCAGUUUUUUUCAAAUGUAUUACUGAAGCCAGAAGGUCCACGAGUUCUGUCACAUCCAAUCACUUACUCCAAAUGUUUUAUCCUGUUUCUCUUUUCAAUUAACCAGAAAACCACUUGACUUUCUUUUUUCUUUUUUUAUACUUUGGCUUGAAAAAUCUUUGAAGCAAUUGAUCAUAUAUCAUUAUAUCUGAAAAUAAUUGUUGAUCAACUAAUCAACUAAUUGUUUUAACCCUUAUAUAAAAAAAAAAGAAUCAGUAUUUUACUUGGACUAAUCACACUUCUUUGGUCGUAUACUAUGUUACCACAGAGAAAUGGCCACAUGCUGUUCAGCAGCUGUGAUGUUGAUCCUUACUGCGUAACCCAUUGGAAAGGAAGCAGCAGAAUCCUCUGUUCUGUCACUGGGGACGGUUUAAAGUAGAACAAUCUGUGUUAAAGGAUCAGACGGGUGAGAUUCUAUGUUUUCUGAUGCUGUCAGAAAAUCCAAUGAAAAGACUCAAACCAAACAAUGUGUUAGUUCAUUUCACAUUAGUUUUUAACAAACAGAUGAAGUUGUGCAUUUGUUGGGGACUAUUUUCAGGAGCGGAUUAAUCCACAUUUGGUGCUGUAGUGAGUAUAUGUGGCAGCAGGGCAGGGUGUGUGGGACUAAAUCAACCACAGCGCGUGUGUUCAUGAUGAAGGAACUUGUGAGACCAGUGCACCAGUGUGAUUCACUGGUGUGUUUUUAAUGGUUUUUACGACACAGUGAAAGAAUAAGACUCUUAAGUACACACACACACACUAAAUCUGUUCAUUGAUGGUUGUGGUCUUUUCAUGGGAGUUACUCAGUCAGAAAUAAAUUUGAAUAUCACCUGUCUCCAUUCAAAAUUUGUUCGACAUAGGUCAUUAUUUGAAUAUAUUGGUUCAGCACAAGUACGAUGAAUUUAAAUGAAUUUGUGUUGGCAUUUGUAUAUUUUUUUUCUGUCUCCCAGUGAAAUUUCUCGGCAGACAUGGACAUAUGCAUCUUCACUUCUUCUAGCAGGGUAACACAUGAAUUCAUUCACUUGUGGUGUCUUUAGUAUGAUGUAAAUUUGAGUAGUGUAAUGUAAUUGUUUCGCGGGAUCCUGGGGCUCUGUCUUAAUAGGAAUAGUUUCACAGUUUGGGAAGCUCACUUAUUUGCAUUUUUGCCAGAGAGUAGAGGAGAAUAUUAUUUCAUUUCAUUAUUUAUUAUUUUUGUUGCAGCUAACGUGGGACUUGACCAAAUGAUAUCCAUCCUCUUGUCGUACAUCCCUUAAUCAUGAGAGGACAACUGCGGUUCUUGAAGUUUCCCAAAUAUUCAGUAUAUUAUUGAAUUCCAGGAUUCUUUUGAUUCCAUGUUUCAAUAUCAUUCGAACACUAGAAGUAUCAUCAGUGUUAAAACAAAGAGCCCAUGUGAGAAAGAGAGGUUUAGGAAAUACACUGUGUGUAAAACAUAAAAAUCCAUUUCCUUCUUCCAUGUCCCCUGUCACCUCUAACAGUAGCAUUGUGUUGAAAGUGUGAAAUGUUUUCAUAUGAGCCUUUCUUAAACAAAUAUCUUCUGGGUUAUUUCAUGUUUUUCUAUGUAGAACUAAUGCAAUAAUAUCUGAGGGAAAGAACUGACCUGUUGGCCAUUUUAGGACAUAAUAAAUCUUUGCUGUUGUAGCGUUGAAUAAAUCAUAAUGCUGGGGUUAAGGCAUCGAUGAAUAAAGAUGUGUUAUGCAAGUAA